AUGACACACAAUGUGUUGUGUGUUUGUUAUGAAUUCAAAGCAAAGCAAAGAUGGGUGAUCGGAUUGUUGUUUGUACAUUAUUCAGUAUUAGUAUUAAUAUAUAUCUAUCUAUCGAUGGAAGGAAUUAAAAGAUAUGUUAGAGGGUUUCUAAACAAACCACCACAAGAAGAGAGGAAUGUCAUAGAGUAUGAAGACUUGGGUGACAGUUAUGUCUUGCCAGAGGACUACACAGUAGAGGUGGAUCAAGAAGGUUAUCUCAAAUCAUUUUCAUUAGAUCAAGUUGAAGAAUAUAAACAGUUCUUUAAUCGUUUUGGAUUCGUAAUCAUUAGAGAUUGUUUAAAUGUUGAACAAUGUCAGAAUACAAUCGAUGAUAUAUGGAAUCAUAUUGAAAAAGAGAAUUGGAGAUAUCAUAAAAGACAAGAGGACACUCAAAUCAUUCAUAGAGAUGAUCCUAAAACAUGGGAGCCGUGGACGUCGAUGGCUCAAAGUGGUAUUUUAGGUGGACCACCAGUAUUUUCAAGACAGGCAAUCUUGAAUCGUUCCUCUUUAAAUAUACACCAAGUCUAUGCUAAUCUAUUGGGACGACAAGAUCUAUAUAUCAAUCAUGACCGAUACGGAUUAUUCAGACCGACACUUCUCAAAGAUGAAAAUAUGUUUCCUAAAAUGACACCAAAUCAUCAAUACAUCAAGGAAUUGGAGAAUGAUCCUAAUCAUCCAAACGUAUUUGAAAGACCUGAUUGGAAAACACUUCGAAAUGUACACCUUGAUUGUAAUCCAUGGGCAUAUUUGGAAGAAAAAACAGAUUCAACAAGACAAAGAAUAUUAUCAGCAUUACAAUAUGAACUUAAAUCAUCUGACUUUAUUUUAGAGAAUAAUGAAAUUGGUAUAAAGUCUCUUGAUGAAUUGCAUAUUCAAGGUUUGCUAAACUUGGCUGAUAACUUGACCGAUGAUGGUGGAUUUAUUGUUGUUCCAGGUUUCCCAAAUCAUUUUGAAGAAUGGUCUAAAAAGAAUGGAUUAUUAAAAAGAAAUAAUGGAGUAAAGAAUAGAUUUAUAUUGUUGCAUCCAACCAGUCCAAUACAACCAGUUAGAACUACUGCUAGAGCAGGUAGUCUUAUUUUAUGGAAUCAAAAGAUGGCACAUGGAUCAUUACCAAAUCAUUCGACUAGACCUCGCAUUGCACAAUUUAUCAAGGUGUCACCUGCACCAUUCUUUUCAAAAGAUAAAGCUCUUCUCCGUAGCAACCGUAUCAAAGAAUCUAUCGAUCCUGAAACAUUACAACAUUUAAAUGAUACUCUUACAGAUCAACAAAAACGUUUCAUCGGUAUUCAAACAUACCAAUAG